CUAAGAGCUAGACGUGUCGACAAUAUUCGGUACAUGCGGCCAGUGUGAAGUUCUAGACGUCAAGAUAUAUGGCACUGCAAGAUGGCGAGAAACAUGCCAGACGACUUCGACGAGCAGUUCCUGGCCUGUCCGGUCUGCAUGCUGCACUUCCGGGACCCCAAAAUUCUGCCAUGUUUGCAUACAUUUUGUAGGGAGUGUCUGCAAGAAUGGGCCACCAAACAACAGCCGCUGGAGUGUCCAACCUGCCGCACACAGGUCAGUCUACCAGACCAAGGUGUGGACGGACUCAGGACCAACUUCUACGUCAACAACCUGCUGGACUUCGCGGCGGCCAAGAAAGGUGUGGAGCCAGGUGUGCCAUGCCAGGUGUGUGACGGGAAUGUGGAGGGUUCAAAGUCUUGGUGUGCGGAUUGCGCUAAAUUAAUGUGCGAUUCGUGUACAUUGCUACACCGUAGAUUUCCACUUUUCGAAAACCACGAAGUCGCCACUGAAGUAACACUGAAGGCAGAGGAGGGUAGGAGCAAAUUUCAUCGCAAACGACACUGCGAAAAACACAAGAACCAAGAACUGGUCUUCUACUGUGAGAGCUGUAACGCUUUGGUUUGUACGGCAUGUACCGUGGUCGACCAUCGGCCGGGCAAAGAUCACAAUCCGGUAGAAAUCGCCACGGUCGCUCAGAAGAAAAAAGAAUCCCUUCAAGCACUGCUGCAAGACAUAGACCCACGUCUGAAACACGUCCAUGCAUCAGUUAAGGAAAUUGAAAGGAAGAUGGCAAACUUGGUCCCCUCGAAAGAAGCUGCCACAGAACAGACCAAGACGUAUUUCCGCCAACUUGCCUACAUUCUGCAAAACCGUGAAAAGGAGAUUUUGAGUCAGAUUGAUGAACAAUGCCGAGCCGAUGGCAAAACGCUGCAGACAAAGAAGGAAGAGAUAGAGUUUGAGUUGGCCGGACUGACGAGCGCACAGACGUUUUGUCAACAAGCUGUAGAACACGGAAGUGACGUGCACAUUCUGGAGCUGGGAAACCAAGUCCAAACAAGGGUAGAAACUCUGCUGGCAAAACAACUGGACCUGGAGUCCGACUGGAGCGAGUUUCAGUUCGUCGAGAACAGGGAUGUGAAAGACUUUGAGAAAGAAGUUCGAGACUUUGGUGGCGUAAAAACUAAAAUCGACGCUUCGAAGUGCGAAGUAGUUCUGAAACAAGCAGUCCAGGGAUUUGAGUGCGUUGCUGAGCUGACGACAAUAAACAAAGAAGGUCGUCCUUGCGUUACGAACAGUAAAGCUGUCACAUCCAACAUGAAGGACCCCUCAGGGACCGAUGUCCCGAUACAGCUACAGAUGAAGAGUUGGGGCGAGUGGGAAAUUUUGUACGUACCCAAGGUCACGGAAAACCACAGGUUAGAGGUCAAGGUCAACUCAGAACAAGUGCCAGGAAGUCCGUUUGAGAUUGAAGUGAAAGGGAACCCCGUGUUGACUACUGGACGAAAGGGCAGUGGCGUGGGGGAACUGGACGCGCCGCUAGGUGUUGCCUUUGAUAGUGACGGUAACAUUGCAGUGGUGGAACGUGGAAACAAGAGGAUCCAGAUAUUCAAUAAAGACACAGGCCAGUCUUUGCGCAGCUUCCCUAUUGACGGUGAGAAGGCAUACGAUCUUGUUGUGGACUCAAAUGGAAUGUUUCUAGUGACAUCAUGGGGUGAAAAUUUCGGCUUAAGACGUUACUCGAAGGAAGGCAAACUUUUAGACACAUUUAAACCUGACUGUAUGGACGAUCCACAUGGCCUGACAGUUCUGAAGGACGGCCGCAUGGUGGUUGUGAACCGUCCUGAGCAGACCUCGUGUCUCCUCCUUCUGCAGUCUGACGGCAGCCUCAUCCGGGAGAUCGGCAAGGGGCAGUUACAAAACCCAGUGUUCGUAUCCGUAGACGAGUCACGUGAUGUAAUCUUUGUCACAGACAAAAGCGCUCACAAAGUAUUCGCGUUUGACCUUGACGGAAACUUGAAAUUUGACUUUGGCAGGCAAGGUGACAUCGAUGGCGAAUUUCAAAACCCAGAAGGUGUUACAGUAGACAGGGCAGGUAAUAUCAUUGUCAGUAACGCAGGAGACGGUCGUGUGCAAGUUUUUGGGCUAGACGGGACUUUCAAACGGAAACUAGGAACAGUUGAAGGGGGCUAUGCCAGCAGUGUCGUUCUUACUCCUGACGGUUACGUGGCGGUGGCAUGUUUUCAUGGACAUUGUAUAGAACUGUACAGGUACAAGUGAUCCGGCUUUUACUAGAAGGCUUCACUUAAAGCUUUGUUUUGAAAUUUCCACUUCUUGAAAUUUGAAUGGAAGAACAUGUUGUCGCUUCCGUUUGACUUACAGUAAAUCUCCUUAAUGUUUAGUCAGAUAACAUUAGUAUUAAGAGCAGUUAGUAAUCAAAUAGCUGUAGACUUAUUGCAUGCAUUUCCGCUAAACUUUUAGAAUAUAUAUAUUGUCUUGUGUGAUAGCAGAGUUGCGAUUGCUACAUAGCCGGAGCUUUUGUCGGAAACAUUACAGUAAAAAGA